AUGAUGGACUCUGACGAAGACGAUAUCUACCCGGAGCACGAUGAGUCGCACACCCAGAAACACCAGGGUGAGGUGAAGAUGGAGGAUGCUGAGGACCCCGAAGAGGAGGGCGAGGAAGUUGAGGAAGAAGAAGACGACGAUGAUGAUGUCGACUUUAUCAUCGACGCCAAAGAUGAGCCGAAGCCAGAGCCAGGCUCAGCACCGAGUUCUCAGACCAAGCGGCUCCCUGGACUCGGACAAACUGGCGCAGAUCUACGGAAAUCGUCAUCAACACCAACUCCGGCCAUGAAACCAGGCACGCCCGCAGAUACAAGGAACGGAUCACAGCCUCCCCACGACCGUCCUGGCACCGACUACCCGGCCCGACACACGUCUAAACUCGAUCCGAACGGCAACCCAGUCCACCCAGCCACAGGCAAGCCGAUUAUGUCUACAGACUUCGAUGUUGACUUUCCCUCGGAAUCGUCCAAACCCUGGCGCAAGCCCGGUGCGGAUAUAACGGACUACUUCAACUACGGAUUCGACGAAUUCACGUGGGCGUCUUACUGCCUCAAGCAGGAACAGAUGCCGAAAGAAGUGAAGGAGAUCACGCAACAAGCCGAACAGAUGAAAGCGUUCGUCGAAGGGAUCCCCGGAGGUGGCAUGCCAGGAAUGCCGGCCAUUCCUGGUGCGCCGGCCGCAGACCUGUCACAAAUGGCGAUGCCCAACGACGCGCAAAUGCAGCAAAUGUUCGCGGCCAUGACGUCUCAAGGCCUGGAUCCGACGACCAUGGACCCCGCGCAGUUCAUGCAGUUUAUGGCCGGUGGAGGAGCGGCGAUGAUGGGAACACCACAGCCUCCGACGGGACCUUCUGCUUCGUUUGCAGCUGGCGGGGGUGGUGGUAGCGGCUUCGAUCAGGGCGGGGGUGGCUUUGCGAGCCGUGGAAGGGGAAAAGGUGGGAGGAGAAAUUGGUAG